ACUUGUUGGGUUGGAUGUAUGCAGUAUGCUAUAAAGUUAGUUGUUAGGCUCAAAGGCCAGCAUCUAAAACACCGACCACUUGCUAAUUAAGCUGUGCGCCAUGGAGAUUUUCUUAAGUUUGUGCUUAGUUACCGUAGCCACGGUGCUAGUCCUUUGGUUUCUUAGUUCUUCCAACGACAAAACCAAGACCAAGAAGAGGUUGCCUCCUGGACCAUGGACCCUUCCGAUCAUCGGCAGCCUCCACCACCUCGUCGGCCAGCUCCCGCACCGAGCCCUGGCGGAGCUGUCUCGCCGGCACGGCCCGCUCAUGUACCUCAAGUUCGGCGAGGUCCCCACCGUGGUGGUCUCCAGCGCCGAGGCGGCGGCGCUGGUCAUGAAGACCAACGACCCUACCUUCGCGGACCGGGGAAGCGGCGUCGCGCUGGACAUCGCCGGCUGCGGCGGGAAGGGGAUCAUGCUGGCUCCCUACAGCGACCGUUGGCGGCAGAUGCGGAAGGUCUGCAUCGUGGAGCUUCUCAGCGCCGCCCAGGUGAGGCGCAUGGCGUCCAUCAGGGUGGAGGAGGUGGCCGGCCUCGUCCGCUCCCUGGCCGCCUCGCCCGCUGGUAGCACCGUCAACCUCAGCGAGAAGUUGCCGGUGCUGGCGAACGACAUCGUCGCGAGGGCCGCGUUCGGCGGGAAGUGCGCGCAGCAGGGCGAGUAUCUCCGUGAGCUCGACGACGUGAUGACGCUGCUGGGGGGCUUCAUCCUCGCUGACCUCUUCCCGACGUCAAAGCUGGUGCGGUGGCUGGGCACCGGCGAGCGCCGCCUUAGGAGGAGCUGUGGCCGGAUCCAGCGCAUCAUCGACGACCGCAGGGCGAGGCGUGCAGCCGACGGUCCCCGCAGCACCGAUGACGAGGACCUGCUAGACGUGCUGCUCAGGUUGCAGGAAGAGGACUCGUUGACAUUCCCUUUAACCGCCGAAAUAAUUGGCGCGGUCAUCUUUGACAUGUUUGCAGCUGCUAGUGAGACCACAGGAACGACGUUGGAGUGGGCAAUGUCGGAGCUCAUGAACAAUCCCAAAGUCAUGGCAAAGGCACAACUAGAGGUGCAGGAAGUGCUAGGUCCAGAACGAGCAGCCAUCACAAACUCCGACCUCGGUGGACUCCACUACCUUCGGAUGGUGAUCAUGGAGACCCUGAGGCUGCAUCCUGCGGGUGUUAUCAUCCUCCGAGGGGCCAGAGAGGAUUGUGAAAUAUUAGGUUAAGACAUUCCUAAAGGCACCAAGGUGCACAUUAACGUCUUCGCAAUAUCGAGGGAUUCUCGAUAUUGGGAAGACCCUGAAGUUUUUCAACCAGAGAGGUUUGAGAACAGCGACAAAGAUUAUAAGGGCAUACACUUUGAUUUCAUCCCCUUUGGGGCUGGGAGACGGCAGUGCCCAGGAAUUCUGUUUGGUAUGUCAACCCUGGAGCUAGCACUGGCGAACCUUCUCUACCACUUUGACUGGAUGCUCCCUGAUGCGGUGAUGACAAAGCCGGUGGACAUGUCCGAAAAGUUUGGACUCACUGUAUCUAGGAGGUCUGACCUCCUGCUUAGGGCUAUUCCGCGUGCAUGCUCCAAAGCUGCAUAGAUUUGGACCUUGUUAAGUAUGUCAACAUAUGUACACCUCCCUUUUA